AUGGAGAAGACGCAGGACACUAUCGCUACAGAGGCUCGCAAUGACAACGACCUCGAGCAUACCAAGCAUGAAGAAGAGAACAGAAAUGUCGGUACCCUCGAGCGGCGACUCAAGUCUCGACAUAUCCAAUUCCUAGCUCUUUCAGGUGCGAUCGGGACUGGGUUGUUCGUUGGAAGUGGUCAGAUCCUCUCCCUCGCAGGCCCGCUGUCAACAUUCCUCGCCUACCUCUUCACUGGCGUCAACCUCUACUGCGUGAUCAACUCUCUGGGCGAGAUGGCAACGUACCUACCACUCCCCGGUGCAGUACCCAUCUACGCCGCGCGGUUUGUAGACCCAGCGCUGGGGUUCGUGCUUGGCUGGAAUUACUGGAAUCAGCUUGCCAUAGGUGUACCUAUCGAGACAACCGUUUCUGCAAUCAUCAUUGACUUCUGGCCAAACAGCGUGUCGACUGCUGUGUGGAUCACUAUUCUCACGAUACCAAUGAUUGUUGUGAACUGCCUGCCUGUCAAUUUCUACGGGGAAGCGGAGUUCAUCUUCGGUGCCAUCAAGCUGACUACAAUUAUGGGUCUGAUCUUGCUGAUGCUGAUCAUCGACCUGGGAGGUACACCAAGUGGUGACCGGAUUGGCUUUCGAUACUGGAUCACCCCUGGCCCGAUGAACACCUAUUUGAGGCCUGGAGCAUUAGGCCGCUUCCUCGCAUUCUGGAAGGUCUCCAUCCAGGCUACCUUUGCAUACGGUGGCAGCGAAAUGUGUGUAAUCGCCGCCGGCGAGACCGAGAACCCGCGCUACAACAUCCCAAAAGCUGUCCGACGAGUCUUCUGGCGGAUCCUGAUCUUCUACGUCUUGGCCAUCUUCCUAGUCGGAAUGUGUGUCUCUUCCGAAGAUCCACGUCUCCUCAACGCCAUCACCGAAGGCGCACCAGGCGCUGCAGCCAGCCCUUUCGUCAUCGCAAUUGUCAACGGCGGCAUGCCAGUUCUACCACACAUCAUCAAUGCCGUGAUCCUCAGCUCUACCUGGUCAGCUGGUAAUGCUUUCUUCUACUCCUCCACGCGCGUUCUUUACGCCUCAGCUCUCGAUGGCAAAGCUCCAAAGUUCCUCACCUACGAGCGUUUCGGGGUACCAUAUGCCUGCGUAGCAGCGACAUCCCUCCUCAGCCUCCUUGCAUAUCUGAACGUCUCGAAUGGCUCGGCGCAAGUUUUCAUCUGGUUCAGCAAUAUCAGUGCUGUCUCGACACUUCUUGUCUGGGGCAGUAUUUGCAUCACCUACCUCCGUUUCUACCAGGGCCUCAAGCACAACGGUAUUGAACGUACCUCGUUACCUUGGAAAUCACCGCUGCAGCCGUAUCUAGCGUACUUUGGACUGUGUUUCUGUAGCGUCGUGGCGCUGUUUAAUGGAUAUGAUGCAUUCUUCCCUGGUCAAUUCAGCGCUAAGACGUUCGUGCCGCCAUAUAUCGAUAUACCGAAUUUUCUGGCAUUGUUUCUGAGUUACAAGAUCGUGAAGAGGACGAGAGUCGUGAAGCUAGGGGAGAUGGACCUUUGGAGUGGAAAGGCAGAGAUUGACAGACAGGAACCCCUUUGGCCGAAGAGAAUCCCUAGAAACUGGAUCGAGAGGGUCUGGUUCUGGAUUGCUUGA